CAGGGUUUCUCUGUAUAGUUUUGGUGCCUCCUGGAUCUCACUCUGUAGACCAGACUGGCCUUGAACUCAGAGAGAUCUGCCUGGCUCUGCCUCCCCAGUGCUGGGAUUAAAGGUGUGUACCACCACCACCCAGCUUAAAAUAAACUUCUUUAUAACUUAUUAUGGAUAAAUGUUUGGUUGUGUACUUAUUUUAUAUACCCAGGUAUCUUAAUCAUUGUUUUAUUACUGUGAGAGAUUCCAUGACCAAGGCAACUCUUACAAAAGAGAGAGUUUAAUUGGAGGCUUGCAUAGAGUUUCAGAGGUUAACCCAUUAUCAUCAUGGUGGUGAACAUGGUGCCAGGCAGGCAAGCAUCAUGCUGGAGAAGUAGCUGAGAGUUCUACAUACUGAUCAGUAGGCAGAGAGAGAGAGAAAGACUGGGGUUGGCAUGGGCUUUUGAAACCUCAAAGCCCAUCCCCAGUGACACACUUCCUCAAACAAGGCCAGGCCUCUUUAUCCUUCUAAUCUUUUUGAAUAGUGCCACUCCCUGAUGACUAAACAUUCAAAUAUAUUACCCUGUGUGGGGGAUUCUUUCUUAUUCAAACCACCACACCAGGCCAGAGGGGUUUGAGUGGAAGCUGAAGACACCCUGCUCUGGGGAGGCUCAGAUAUGUGACGACUCUUGCUCUCAACAAUCUUACUCUUUCUCCAUCAUGGCAAUUUGAAUAUAAUCUAGACUAGCCUCACAAUGAGACCCUAUAGUCUUAACUCCUCCUGCUUCUUAAUCUUUCUUCAUCUAAUGUCUCCUAGGUUGAAGUCUUGUUCAGAUGGCCUCUUGCAAUUCUCUGAGGCCUCCCAAGCCCUGUAUUCUUUGAGAGCCUUCUGGAUUCUACAUGGAGAUGCACUUUGUCUCGUGAACAACAGUUAGACCCAUUGGCUUAUACUAGCUCAGAUUAUUAGAGACCUGAUCUUCCUCCCUGGCGAAAUGGAAAUCCUAACGAGGCUUCUUUGCAUGAACAAGGAAUGGUUCAAAUGACUGUGAAAGACUACAUGAGAUCUCUGCAUCAGUUCUCAGAGACUCCUACCCUGUCCAGAGGGACUAGUUUCAACUCGUGCUAUUCCACCACAGGGGUACCACAAAGCAUUCCUGAAUGGCUGGAAUUUUGGGAAAAAGACCCAGUGGAGAUUCUCCUGGAUCUAGGCUUUGGUGCUGAUGAGCCAGAUAUCUGCACACAAAUCCCAGACAGAUUCCUUGGUUGCAGCUCAGCAGCCAGAGGAAUCAACAUCCGUGUUUUUCUUGAAGCACAGAAGCAGAGGAUGGACUUGGAGAACCCUGACUUGUACGGCCGGUUCCAACAGUUGGAAAUCUUGGAUCAUGUGACCAAUGCCUUCUCAACUUUGUUGAAUGAUGUUAACACCCUCCAGAGCCAAGCUGAAGAGAAAGCUGGAAGACAGGGUAUGCACAGCCCCACAUCCAGUGGCGCUAAAGAGCAUCAGCAAAGAAUGAGUCAACUUUUAAGGAGAACUUCAGGACAGAAUAUCAGGAGGGUUGGUAACCCAGCACUGUCAGAAUCAUUCAAGAUGGAAGAUGAGACUUCUACUCUGCCAACCAAGCCAUGGGAGCAUAGACUGGAAUUACAAGUGGCUUCCAUUAGCAAUGAUGAGAGUCAAGUGCCUCCUUCUAUAGAGCAUGGUUCUGCCCGAGCCUGCAAUGACUUGUUACCUUGUCUUCCUCCACAAGCUCUUCUGGACAAGCAAUGGCCUUGUUCAUCCUCACUGGCAAAACAGUCUCCUCAUACCAAUGUGUCUGAGGGGUCAGUUAGGAGAAAAACUUGGAAGGAGAAGUGGAUUCACAUGGACAAGCUUAAGAACUUGUCUCACAUUGUGAGUAAAGGACCAGACUCCUUUGAAAUGGAAGAGGUCCAAAGCUUUGAAGAAGAUACUGGCAACCCUAUUAACCCGAUUUCAGGAAUUGUAGGCACCCGAGUGGACAGAACCAACAGCUGUCAGUCGGACAGCAGUGGGUUUUUGGAGGAGCUGCCAGACCCCCAUCCCUUCCAGGUGUCUUCCUUGCCAGGCAGCCAGAGUCCCACUGAGGGUAGAGGUAGCAAACCAAGGGAUCAGAGUCAUAGCCCAGCACCAUGGCAGGACUGUCAGCAAGAGUCCAAUGGCUCUGAAACCAAGAGCAUGGUGAGCUCAUCUUUGUCAAGCCAUGAUAGGAGUAUAUUGGAAGGAAAGGUCUCAGCAUCCGUGGAGGAGGAGGAGCUUCAACUUGAGGCUAUGGAGGAGCUACCAGAGACACUCACCCCAGAUCCGACCCUCACCAAGACCACGAUGGUGGGAGAAUACCCAGGGAGUCUUGUUGGAACUGUAGUCACUUCUACAUGUAAUAACACAAUGGGGAUCAUGGUGGCUCCUGUCACAGAAAAAGAAGACAGGUCUCUGAGACAUAAGGGUACUGGGAAAAUGCUGAUACAAAGGCACCGCUUUGAGUCACCAAGGUCAUCCGGGGUUGAUCAGACUCCAGACAGUUUCUAUCUCGUGGACUCUGAGAUCCCAGGAACAGAGGACAGCAGCAAGGCCUGCCCUGAUACCAAACAAAGCUCAGUAGUGCAGGAGAAGCUAGCACAGCACUCUCAGCAGCACGGAGGAGCCACGCCCUAUAAAGGUGACCUUGUUCAAAACUCUGAUAAGUCAGCUCCCCACCUUGAGAAGCCACCUGGAGAUGCUCCCACUGACUCAAAUGCUGCCAGCUCUUGGUCUGUGACAACCCAGAUGUCCUCCAAUCUGGUGUCAGCUGCUCAGAGUGUUGUAGACUUGGGGACCUACUAUAAAGGAACAGCUUUAGAUUGCAGUCCAUGUGACCGUGUUAAUACCACAGACCUGAGAGUGCAGACAGAAGCAAAGCAGGUCAAUGAUGUUGCUGUUCAGACUUACACAUAUGAAUGUAAACCCAGACCCUCGCAUAAGGCCUUAAUUCAUAGACCCUGGCCCCUCACCAAAUCCAUCUCUUUGGACACAGGUUUUUCUAGCACCUCCCCAACAGGCCUCUGUCACACCAUACCUGCCCACUGUUGUGUCUGCUGUCAUCACUGUCCCAAUUGCCAGGGAAGGAGGCAAAGCUCUGGCCCAGAAUCCUCUAUUUGCAGGCAUUUCCUGUACUCACAUGCAGAGGAUCCUGAAGCCCGGUUCAUGAAGACAUUGAAAAUACUUCAGGACACUACUGUGAGGGACUUGUGUUCUUGCACAGUCUAUGAGAUGGAAACCAUGAAGAUGGUGUGCCAGAGUUUCCAGGAGCACUUAGAGGAAAUUGAACAGCACUUCAUGGGACAGCAGGCACUCUUUCCCAGGGACAUGUCAGAAGAGGAAAGGGAAGAGGCUGAGGACCUGAGGACUUUGCGAGAGGCCCUGAGGCAGCAGGUGGCAGAGCUGGCAUUUCAGUUAGGAGACCGGGCCAGGCAAAUCAAAGAGGGUGUCCUACUGCAGCUAGACCUUCUCUCAGAGGAGCUACCUGAACACUGUGCAAAUCUGCAACAAUGCAGCUGGACAGAAGGAGAAGAGUACGGCCAGAGUUCGUGUGUUCAAACCCACACUGUGUCCCCCGAGCCUGUCCUGCAUGCCAGCAAUGGGCAGCAGAUUCCCUGCCCGGGGGUGACUCAGCUAGCUGCUCUUGGUCCCUCUGACCUUGAGACCAGACGUGGGAUGUCUCUACAGUCACCAGCUAUGACAGAGUCAGGUCCGGAUCCUUCAUCAAGUAGUACUGUAGAGGAAUCUCUGCUGGACCAGAGAGUUUGAUGACCUUUGUACAAAAUGGAAGAUCCCAGAACAGCUGUAACAAGGAAAUCCAAAUCCUAUGUACCCUUCUAUUCUAUGAUUAAACUCAGAAUAUUUUAAUAUUCAUUGAUUACAUAGUAAGGAGUCACCCGGUAUGUGCCUGACUGGGGUAUAUUACAGUCAUUGAGUAGCAUAUGUCCUUUACCCUGAGAAAGCAUGUGUCCUAGUGGAAGAGACUGAAUAUAAACACACAUAUGUAUCUAUAGUUAAAGUCAAGGAAAAGAAUGGCCUCUACCCUGAGAGAGCCUGUGUCCUAGUGGAGGAGGCCAAAUAUAAACACACAUAUGUAUUUAUAAUUAAAAAGCAAGAAAAAGACAAUGUGACCUUAUUUUAUGACAGAUAAGUAUCUGAGUCUGCUCAGGUACCUGGAAGGCAUGUUCAGAGAUGUGAUACUGCUGAUGCUGGAGGCAGCUGUAAGCAAGACAGAAUGUCUGUGCAUUAAGAGUUGGAUAAAGUGAGAGAAGCAACAAAUAAAUACCAUUUCCGUACAGACAGUUUGUGAAGGAGCCACCAUGUGACAUGGGAGGGAAGUGCCCUGGGGGCCUCAUCAAAGGGAGCUAUUAGGAAAGACUUGAAGGUAAGAAGACGGAAGCCCUAGAGAAUUCAGGUUUAAGAGACUGGAAAGCAGAAGAGAGGAAGGUUCACAGGCUGGGAUGUAUUUUGCCAACUGUGGUAGGUGAUAGUGAGGACCUAAGUGAGGACCCUGACUCCCUCCAGGCCGUGGUCAGGAGUCUAAGGGCAUGUAUUCUUGCAAGUGCAACAGAAAGUCUCCAUAAGUGUAAACUGGAUUUCAUAGGGUCUUAGCUACCUUUUAUAAUCACAAAAAGAUACCACCAUGGAACCUAUGGAGAGGGGAGGCUGCUGGCUAUAAGCCUAUGGCUUACUGUUGUUCCUCAAAUCAAAAGUUGUCCAGUUGUUUCCAUCUAGCUGUAGGAACAGCAUGGCUCUUACUACAGGGAAAACCCAUGGAGGUAGACAUAAAAGCCAAGGGAUGACUAGAAUCAAGAAUAGAUGAAAAAUGAAAUAGUCAGAAACAGCAUCAUAAGAACUCCUGAGGGACGCUUCUUGUUUGUGUGAGAGGAUGAGUAAGCAGAGGACACUUCCUAGCUAGGAACCUAAGACAAUAUUCCUUUGGAAACUGUCUACUAGCCUGUUUCAUUCCUUAUCUUCCUGCUUUGGUUGCUAUGACUUCAGUGAGGCUCGACUUCCAGGGACCAUCCACUGUCUCCCCUGUGUACCUCCCUAGAAUGUGGACAUCUCCAUUCACACAUCUUCAGCAUCCAUAUGCACCAUACGUAUGACCCCAGCGCCAACCCCUUCUAAACCCCAGUCUUCCAUCCUCCUACCACACACACUCAGAUGAACCCAUCUGCCUUGUCUCCUUGUGGCCUUUACUGGCACCUCGGUAUCAGUUACUGCAUCACUGCUGUUUCCUCAUAACCUGGUGACAGCACAAGGCAUUAGCCUCUGACAUGCCUUUAGCUUCUCUCUCUCUCUGAGAUGCCUCGGCAACUGACAAACUGUCUCCGCCAGUCUCCCAUAGGGUCAUGUUUCCUUGACUCAGGGAGAAAACCUAAGAAUAAUAUGUCAGAGAACUAAGAAAGUCAUCUCAAGACUGCGAUCCCAGAGCAGUCUGCUGCCAAAAUGUUCCUCCAGCCAGGAAUCACUAUGUCCUUUCCUUUCUGCUGCUGCCUUACUUACCUGGACCACACCCCUCCUCUGGUUCCCACAGUAUGAUGCAACUUCCAGCUGCAAACUGGCUCCUAAUUGCUUUUGUGCAUCCUAAGUUUCUUCCUUUUCUAGACUGUCAACAUUUGUCUUGGUUCAGACUUGAGCUGCCUUUGCCUGCAGCCUUUGAGCCUGUGGUUCCUGCCUGUUCAUCACUGGACUGCCUACUACCUGCUUGAUGGCCCUACUUUGUUCUCAUGUCAAUCUGAAGUGCGGUCCUCUGAACUACUUUGUAUAUCCCUACAUCCUUUCACAUCACAGACUCUGAAUGUACAGAUUUAACUAACAGCUCUGAGAUAUUCAGAAAACAAUCACAUGUGCAUUAUAGACAUUGUUCUUGCCAUCAUUCAACUAUUUUGUAACAUAUAUUUUUUUAUUAGGCACUACAAGUAAUCUAGGGAUGAUUUAAAGUGUUCAAAGUACGCAGAUGUGUGUUUUGUGCAAACACUCUAUUGUGUAACGUAAGGGUUGUUGGACAGAAUAAAUGCAGUAAAUUGGUUGCAGUAAUUAACACAAUA